UCUCUCUAUCUGUGUGUUUGUGAAAAAUGGCAGAAUCCAGUAUUUCAGUGGCUCAUGAUCAGUUUACCUGUCCAGUAUGUUUGGAUCUACUAAAUAAGCCAGUGACCAUUCCCUGUGGACACAGUUACUGUAUGGACUGCAUUACAGACUGCUGGGAUCAGGAUGAUCAGAAGCGAAUCUACAGCUGCCCUCAGUGCAGACAAACCUUCACACCAAGACCUGUUUUAGGUAAGAAUGUGGUGUUUGCUGAAAUGGUGGAGAAACUGAAGAAGACAAAACUUCAAUCUGCUCCUGACUCUGCUCAUUGUUACACUGGACCUGGAGAUGUGGUGUGUGACAUCUGUACUGAGAGAAAACUAAAAGCAGUCAAGUCCUGUCUAGUGUGUCUGAACUCUUACUGUCAAAAUCACAUCAACCAACAUGAGAAUUUCUUUAAAGAUAAAAACCACAAAGUGAUCGAUGCCACUGGACGACUACAAGAAAUGAUCUGCAAAAAACACAAAAAACAUCUAGAAAUCUACUGCCGUACUGACCAUCAAUGCAUUUGCUAUCCGUGUACGAUGGACGUUCACAAAAAUCACAACACUGUGACAGUUGUGGCAGAGAGGACAGAGAAACAGACACUUUUGAUGGAGACACAAAGAAAUUUAAAGCAGAGAAUUCAAGAGAGCGAGAAGAAGCUUCAGGAGUUGAGACAGACUGUGGACUCUCAUAAGCGCUCUGCACAGACAGCAGUGGAGGACAGUGAGAGGAUCUUUACUGAACUGAUCCGAUCCAUUGAGAGAAGACGAACUGAGGUGACACAACUGAUCAGAGAUCAGAAAAAAACUGCGGUGAGUCAAGCUGAAGGAGUCAUGAAGCGUCUGGAGGAGGAGAUUGAUGAUCUGAAGAAGAGAGACGCUGAACUGAAGCAGUUUUUAAAAACAAAUGAUGACAUUCAUUUCCUGCAGAGUUUCAAGUCUUUCUCUGUGACUUCUGGAUCUUCAGAUGUUUCCAGCAUUACUCUCAGUUCUCUUCUCACUUUUGAUGAUUUGGGAAAAUCUGUUUCUAAACUCAGAGAUAAACUGGAGGAUUUGUGUAAAGACGAGAUUAAACGUAUAUCUGACAGAGUAAAAUCCACUGAAAUUAUUUACAAAGAACCCAGAACUAGAGAGGAUUUCCUACAAUAUUCCAUUCUGCUGUCUCUGGAUCCAAACACAGUAAAUAAAAAUCUUCAGCUGUCUGAGAAAAACACUGUGGCUACUCGCACUGACACAGUCCAGGUGUAUCCUGAUCAUCCAGACAGAUUUAGUGAUUUAAGUGAAGUUUUGUGUAGAGAGAAUUUGUGUGGACGCUGUUACUGGGAGGUUGAGAGGAGUGGUGGUGUGUAUAUAUCAGUGUCAUAUAAGAGCAUCAGCAGGAAGGAAUGGGGUUAUGAGAGUUUGUUUGGAUUUAAUGAUCAGUCCUGGAGUUUGCACUGCAGUGACUCCAGCUGCUCAUUCAGGCACAAUAAUAAAGAGACUGAUCUCCCUGUAGUAUCUAGGUCCUGUAGAAUAGGAGUGUAUGUGGAUCACAGUACAGGAUCUCUGUCCUUCUACAGCAUCUCUGAUACAAUGAACCUCAUACACAGAGUCAACACCACAUUCACUCAACCACUUUAUCCUGGGUUUUGGAUCAAUCUAAACUCAACAAUGAAACUAUGCAAUCUGACAAGAUAGAUUUUAAAGAUAAUAGUGUUUUAUCACAGCUUUGACCUACAUGAUUAUUUAGUAACAGCGAAAUGUUAGAAGUCUUUUAUUGUCUCAUGAAAAAUAUAAUGAAAACACUUGAACCCAACUGUUAUCACUGCAUGCAAUUUAUUGCUAUAAUCUAAAAAUGCUGGGUCACAUAUGAACAUUUUCUAGAUGAUUUUAAACCAAUGGUUGAAUUUGUCCAUACAGUAUAUAACUCAACCAUGGGUUAAAAAUAAUUCAGUAUUUUUAGAUGGAUUUAAUAAUAGUUGUGGUACAAGAGUGAAGCAACAGUGAAUGUGAAACAAUUCAUUUUUACAAAGUUUUUUUGGUUGUUGGAUGAAGCAACAUAGUUUGUGUUUGUUCUGAUUUGAUUUUUGACUGAUUUCUUUCAUGGAUUUUUUAAGUAUGUAUUUGAUUGUGAUUCUUUUUUCUUCUUUGUUAGAUUGUUUAUCUGCUUUUAAACAGAUUGUGUGCCACGUUGUAUAGCUGUCAUCAUUCUGUAAUUUAUGGUUUGAAACUAUUUUUCACAUAAAAUAGAAAAAUCUUUGUAUUUAUUUCAACUUAAUAUGCUUGAAAUCUCUUGUGCCCUCUCAUCUGGUAUGCAUCUUCUGAUAUUUAGUUGUGUAUUAAUUUAUUUCUUACUUAUUUUGCUUUCCUAAUGUUAAGCAUCAAACAAGAUCAAAUAAAACAGAUAAAAAACAACUAAUUAAUAAAAGUUUUCUAUUAUU